AUGCCCUUCUCGGAUCCAUUUCACACGCGCGACCCAUUCAUGCCCUCGUCGACGCAGCACACGAGACGUGACAGCUACAGCAUUGGCCCCGCUACGCCAGCCAUGGGCACGCCGUACGAAAGAGCUUGGAGCACACAGCCACAACCCCCAGAACCCGACUCCAUCCACCCAAGCCUCAGCUCCCACCCCUGCCCACAUGUCGAGUGGUCCUUUUCCCUACGACUCUGCGCGACGCCGCUCCCGCCGCUCGAUCCCCCUCCACCACCGCCUCUCUCUUACUCAAACCGUAACAUGCCGCCACCCUCGCCCACCUCUGGUCCGAAUCCUUCUGCAUUUUCCAUGCCUGCGCCACGUCACACUCCCUCCGCAUCACCUUACGUCGGCUCGAGAGAGCUGCCGCCCUUCAACUCUAGACCCGGCACAACCAUGUCCAUCUCGUCCUUGAUCGGCGGCGACUCUUCGCGCCAUGGGAACCACUCUCCAAAGACUGUCGCGACUGCGCCAUCGCCUCCCAUGAAGCCUAUACAUACCUCGUCCCCGCAAAGAGCUCGUUCAGCCAGCACAAGAGCCCCAAAUGGCCACUUCCCCAGACCACACAGUCCUACUAGCAUCAUGCAGGCCCAAAGACAAGCAGAUUCCAUGUCUCAGCCAUUCCAUCAAUCCGGCCCUCAUCAGCCUCCGCACAUGUCUCAACACAACGCCGCGCCAGGCUUCCGUCCGUUCCAGUCAUCUCCACAGUCCGCUCAAGAAGAGCAUCAGCCAUACUCCGGCCAUGCGCCAUCACGUCCUAACAGUCAACCCAUGCACGCUCACCUCGAUCAGGAGUUGCGAAAUCGUCAAGACAUGCACGACCGACCUCCACCGCGCCAUCCCUCCGCUUUCCCACCAUACGUCGACCACAUGGGUAGACCUGGCCCUUCGUCGCAGCCACCUUCGAGACCUGACCUCGAGCGUCAGGAGCUCAACGGACACGGACACAAUCAGUUCGCCCAAACCAUGUCGCAUACCGCCCGCUCCACGCCUGUACCCCCACCUCCACCUCAGUCGUUCAGCCGUCUCAACUUUGGUUCUGCGCGAGAAGAGUAUCCUGGUCUGUUCCGACCCGCAGUACAGAUGCCGAGCAGGGAAGAGAUGGAACAACGCGGCCCGCAUAACGAGAUGCUUGGUCGACCGGAACACCGACAUACGCCCACCAUGAACGGUAUGGAUGACCGGCAACGGCCAAAUGCUGCACACUACGCCAUGUACGGUCCGCCAGGUUAUGAAGCCCGAGAAGGAGAAGAACACCCAUUGCAACGAGCCUUCUUGGGCGUGGCAUCUGAGAUUAGACACAAGAAUGGACGUGCAUCGCCGCUACCGCAGGCAGUCCAUGGAGCACAACCACGUCAUACCGGUCCUGGAGCAGAUCCUGGUGUCAAAAGUGAGUUUGGUCGAAUGUUUUCGGGUCUCGGCAGCGGUGUUGGUAGUAAUACUCCCACAGCCGGCAUCGCAACCCCUUCACGCGGCAGUCCAGCCAGGCAAGUCGAUGCCAACGACGAUGCCGAUAGCAGAAAGGCUCGAAGCAGGUUGAGAGAAGACAAUCGGGAAGACAGCGACAGUGUGGACGGUAGAAAUACUCCGACAGCCAGCCAGAGGAGCAGCAAGCGACCAAAGACGGCGCAUCCACCACCGCAUCACCACCACCAUCACGCCCACGCUCAUCACCAUCACCACCAUCAUCACGGCUUGCCAGAAGAGCAAAUGCCUCACGCCUCUGCUCCCUUCCAUCCUCUUCGCUUCCCAUCUAAUGCUAGUACACCACAACAAACUGCCGCCGCCGCUGCUCCUCAUCACCACCACCAUCACCACCAUCACGCCGUUCAUGCCCAUCCAGCUCAUCACCACCAUCACGGCGUGCGACCUCCGCCUAUGCCUUCGACACGCAAACCUCAAACGACCAUCUCCAAUCAGGAGUUACUUGCAUCCGUCUCGGCGUUGCCCCAAAAACAUCUCGGUAGUCAAGUUUACUCCACCAAGCUCAGCCUGCCUCCAAGAGAAUCUACUCCACUUGACUUCAAGUAUCACUUCAAGAGCUCUGUCAAGCCAAUUCCACGCUUCGAAGACAAGGCGAAUUGCACUUUUACCGUGCGUGUACCGCGCGCUUACCUUGGUGCCUCUAAUGACAUCGAGGAAGACAGUGAUACUGUCGCUGGCGGUCUCGAGGAGAUAUGCAAGACUCGCGCAGUCUGGGGAUCAGAUGUGUAUUCAGAUGACUCUGACCCCGUUGCUGCCGCUGUUCACUCGGGCUGGCUCCGUGGUGACUUUGGCGAAUACAACGAUGAUCUCCGCGAGCUGUUCAAAGAGGGACAGGCUGACGACGCCUCAGAGACUCCAGAUCUAGGCAAGCUGUACACGGAGAAGCCUACAAAGCCACUGCGCGCAAUGUCAAAGGCAGACUUGCACAUUACGCUUCUGAUUCUGCCAGCGCUCACACACUACACAGCCUCGACGCAGAACUUCUUGCGCUCUAGGGAGUGGNGGUCAGAUCACGAUGGUGUCAGCUACAUGAUCCACUCGAUCGAAUUUGUAAAGGAAAGCACAUCCAACAGAUUCGCCGAGCGCAGCGCAGCGGCUAAACACCAACGUAUCAAGGAUGAUUUGGCACGUAGAAGAGAAGCAGCGGAAAGUCUGCUCGGCUUGCUGCAAGGAUCGAGAGGCAUCAUGACGCCCGCGAGCUCAAAUGUCUCUGUUGGCGCAUGA